AUGACAAGUACUACACCGAGAUCACAUGGGCUUCUUUUCUAUCUAUUAGACAGCCUGCGCACACCCUCCGAUCUGAUUAUCUUCCACCGCAAGCGCUGGUUCGAGAAGAUUCUUGCUGUGGGCGUUAACCCUUAUCUUCGUGUUAACCUGCGCACUCGUCUUCUGCGUCUACUCUACCGCGCAACUUGCAUUGAAGGCGGCAGCACCACGUUGAUUACUCGAUUUGGCAUUCUGAGCUGGCUUGAUACACAGCGCGCUUCAUUCGAAGGAGGAGAGGAGGCAGAUGUUAUGGCUGCGCUUAUGAAGAGGAUCUGGGAGACUUGUGACCAAGAAAAGGUCAAGAUUUGGAGUAAAGGAGAUGCCAAAGUGGUGUUGACAAGAUCUCAGGCGUGGGCAUUCAAAAGUGACAACUACGACACAGGUCAAUUCUUGGAAUAUGCUCACGAAGAACAGCGUCACGCAGAGAGCAAUAGUGAAACGUCAAACUUGGUCAAAUUUGUUUGUACACGUCUACACCGAACAAUGAACACAGAAAUGCGUGUCUAUUCACACAAGAUAAAUCCCCCUUCGCUAAGUAUUAUGGAUAAGACCGGCCAAAAUCAUUUGUGCCGUUAA